AGAAAGCAAACAACGUGCUUUGAGUGUUGGUUUGUGUUGUGGAAAAUCACACUCGACGCACGACGAUAGUAUUGUGGAAGUCUGCUUUGCCAUAAAAACUAUUGUUUAUAUAAACCUUGUGUUUCGAAAAAAUUACUGGUUGUAGAACUUGUAAUAUUUGAACGUGAUUUGUCAAGAGAUGUCUUUGUUUGUCGUUAACAGAUUUACUGGUGAGGAAAGCAAGACCGAAUCCUCUGUCAAAGAAGACCGAUUAAAGAAGCUGAAAGAAGAAAUUACUAAAAGAAAGGAACAGCGUCGUCAGAGGAAGGAACCGAAUACUAAUAUUGCUGUUUCUAGCUUGUCAGAUCAAGACUGUCAUUCCGUUCAAAGAUCUGGAAAAAGAAAGAAAAAAUCUGGUGAAGAUGAAUCUUUUGAUUCAGCCACAGAACAUGACAGAAAGGGGACUCACGGUGAGCCCUCAGUGGAAAAAAGUGUUGAGAUUGAAGACGUUGAGCACUUAGAAGGAUUACCACAUGCCUCAGAGCUUAAUGAUGAAUCAGAGACUGUUAACCAUGAUGAUCCGAAUGUGAUCGGAGGAUUUUCUGUUUUGGGAAAUUUUCAAAACAAAGACCUUGCACCGGUGAAACGAGCCUUGCCAGAUUGGUUGGCCAAUCCCAGCGUCAUCAAAGCAGGUCUUAAGCGUCAAAAAAUAGACAGAGAUGUAGCGAGAGAAUCAGAAUCUGACAUGGCCAUACUUGAUGAAGAUUUAAGAAACAAAUUGCAGAAGAAUGACAUUAGCAGAUUUUUCCCAGUUCAGAAGACAUUUAUUCCGGUUCUGCUACAGGACCUGAAGUAUGGAACUUUUGGUGGAAUGCAGGGUCUACGACCUCGGGAUAUUUGUGUCUCUGCUCCCACUGGUAGUGGCAAGACACUGGCAUUUGUCCUUCCCAUUAUACAGAGUCUAAAAUGUAGAACAGUUCCUCAUGUACGAGCUGUGGUUGUGCUGCCUGUGAGAGACCUGGCUGAGCAGGUAUAUGCUGUUUUCAAACAGUACUGUGCUGGAACAUCUUUGAAGGUUGGUCUAACUGUUGGAAAGAAGACUUUUUCUGUGGAACAGACUAUGUUGGUCAAAAAAAGAGAGGGACUUUAUCACAGUCUUGUCGACAUCCUUGUAGCCACACCAGGACGAUUGGUUGACCAUAUUUCAUCCACACCAGGCUUUGACUUGACACACCUUAGGUUUCUGGUCAUUGAUGAAGCUGAUCGCAUGAUGGAAGACAUCAAGCAUGACUGGUUGAGUAUGUUAGAAACUUCUGUUGUUACGCCUUCGGCGUUGGCAUACUUUCCUCUUAAACGCAGUCCUUCAGGACCUCUGAAUAUAUCCAGUGCUCAGAGUUCACAGAUGCCGCUUCAGAAAUUACUGUUCUCAGCCACACUGUCCCACAACCCAGAAAAAUUGCAGCAGCUCAACCUCUUCAUGCCAUGUCUGCUUACUUCUGUUGUCAUGGAAGAGCCAAGCCAGUCCCAUCCCCAGUCAUCUAAAAGUGAUCAGAAAGAGAAGAUGGAAGGAGCUGAAGAUAAGGAUUCUGCAGAUGAGCAAGAAACAGCAAGCACCAGUGAUAAAUAUCUUGGAAAAUACACAACACCUGAAGGACUAACAGAAUACUUUGUGCAGUGUAGUGUGUCAGAAAAACCACUUCUUAUUCUCCAUUUUUUGCAUUACCUCAAAUUCCGUCAAGUGCUGUGCUUUACCAACACUCUAGAAGCAACACACAGAUUAUACCUGCUAGUAAAACUAUAUGGCGGCAUCAGAGUUUGUGAGUUUUCUUCUCGUCUUCAAGGAGAAAAACGUAAAAAAAUCCUAAAGAAGUUCUCAAAGGGACAGAUUGACUUGCUUAUUUGCUCUGAUGCAAUGGCAAGAGGAAUGGACAUUGAAAAUGUGAAGUUUGUCAUAUCGUAUGACCACCCACCAUACCUCACCACCUACAUACACCGUGUGGGGCGAACAGCCAGAGCAGGCAAAGCUGGGACAUCUGUUUCUUUUCUUGAGAAGAGCGAGAUUUUCCAUUUCAAAAAAAUGAUGCGUGAAUCUGGUAAAUGGCCUAAAAUCCAAGAGAUGAAAAUCAACCGCAACGUGCUUCAACCUCUUGUGGAACCUUUCAGAAAAUCUCUAGGUCAACUAUCAUCUGCCUUGAAGAUGGAGAGGAAAAAGAAAGCCAGAGUAAACAAUAAACAUGCUGACCAGGGAUAGUCAUUCCAGAUUCCAGUUCCUAUGGGCAAGACCCUGAAGCCUUUCACUUAUGUAACUGCAAUCUUCAGAUGUGCUGGUUUGGGGAGAAUUCUUUGCCUGUGACUGAAAAACAAACAUUAGAGUUUUACACCAUUGUAGAAGGGGCUGAAAAGCAUUACAGAUCUGUACAUGUCAUGAUGCUGGCAUCAUCAUUCAGAAGGACAUUGAAAAUCUGUAAUUGAUUUUCAUUUGCUGUUGUAAAUAAAUCAGAUGAAUCUGUA